AUGAUAGACUUCGCUAGGUACCUCGCCCACAGAGAGUUGGUAACCACGGGGCUCACUAAAUUCGAUGACCAGCCUGAGAGCUACAGAGCAUGGGAGUCCUCUUUCCUUAACGCCAUUCAGGGCUUAGAGUUGACAGCCAGUGAAGAGCUGGACCUCCUGGUAAAAUGGCUGGGAAAGGAGUCAUCUGAACAUGUUAAAAGAAUACGUGCUGUCCACAUCACCAAUCCUCACGACACUGCUGUCUCCCCUGCACCAUCUCCUCCGACACAAUCAGAUGUAGAACAGCAAAACAGCUCUCCUCCAGAAGUGACCUCCAGAUGCACCAAGGUCUGCGGCGAAGGUCUCCCACCAAGGUCCUGCGCCAAGAUAUGUUUAGCCCGGGUUUUUCCCCAAGGACAGCGAGAACGCUCAAUCAAGAUGUAUGCCAUCCUCGACGACCAGAGCAAUCGAUCAUUGGGCAGGUCUGAGUUUUUUAAGCUGUUUGACAUCCAAGGGGACCAUACACCUUACCUGAUGAGGACCUGUGCUGGAACCACGGAAAUGACUGGGAGAAAGGCUGUUGGUUUUCAGAUCAAAGCAUUGAAUGGUGAAGUGUGUUUGGACUUGCCUCCGCUCAUCGAAUGUAAUGAAGUUACGAGCAACAGAUCGGAAAUCCCUUCUCCAGAGAUCACUCACUCCCAUGCUCACUUGAGAUCCAUGGCACCUCACAUCCCAAAGAUCGAUCCUAAAGCACAGAUCUUAAUCCUACUGGGGAGAGACCUCAUGCAAGUUCACAAGAAUCACAUCAGUGUGAGAGAGAGAGUAGGCUACGGCGGGGAGCACAGACAGUCUACCUCCGCACAGCUGACAACAUAUCCUGCAUCUGGUGUUACUGCAAAAGAUAAACUCGGACGAGAUGUGUUCGUGAAAACGGAAGAUUAUAACAAACCUGCCUUGUCCUUCGAAGAUGAGACCUUUCUGGAGAUCAUGCAAGCAGAGUUCAAGAGAGAUGAGCAAAACAAAGAGUUAGAAGCAGCAAAGAUCGUCAUAAUCAAAGCUGCCCAGAGAGAUGCUUAUCCAGAAGAGUGUGUCGCACUACUAGAGAACAGGGCCACACCAAAAUCCAGCACGAUUCUGAAUCUCGACCCUUUCAUGUGUGAUGGUCUCCUGCGAAUAGGAGGACGUCUGAGACAUGCUUCAGUCAAUCCUGAGGUCAAAAACCCAAUCAUUCUCCCGAAACAAAGUCACGUCACAAGAUUGGUUGUGAGUCAUCACCAUGCGAAGGUGAAACACCAAGGACGGCAGUUCACAGAGGGAGCAAUCAGGCCUGCUGGUCUGUGGAUUGUUGCUGGCAAAAGAUUAAUAGGCUCAGUUCUUCAUCGCUGUGUCACAUGCUGCAAGCUCAGAGGAAAACUUAAGACACAAAAGAUGGCUGACCUCCCUUCAGAACGUCUGAGCUCAUCUCCACCAUUCACGUAUGUAGGGUUAGAUGUUUUUGGACCCUGGAAUGUGAUCAGUCGACGCACAAGAGGCGGAAUGGCUCAAAGUAAGCGAUGGGCUAUACUUUUUACAUGUAUGAGCACCAGGGCUGUACAUGUGGAAGUUAUAGAGUCCAUGGAUACUGCCAGUUGUAUCAAUGGCCUGCGAAGGUUCUUAGCCUUAAGAGGGCCAGCUAAGCAGCUGAGAUCGGACAGAGGCACGAACUUUGUGGGAGCCAGCUCUGAGCUGUGUAUGGAACGAGCUGAUCCAGGUCAAGGCUCCACUCUUAAGUUCCUCCACGAGAAUGGUUGUACCUGGGAAUUCAAUCCCCCACACGCAUCCCAUAUGAGAGGAGUCUGGGAGCCCAUGAUCGGCAUAACCCGAAGAAUUCUUAACUCCAUGUUGCUGCAAACCAGACAUACUCACCUGACCCAUGAAGUGCUUUGCACCCUCUUGGCAGAGGUAUCUGCUAUCAUCAACGCAAGGCCUUUGAUCCCAGUCUCUUCUGAUCCCACUUCUCCAAUGAUGUUGACCCCUGCUAUGCUCUUGACCCAAAAACCGGGGAUACCUGCUCCACCUGGAGGCUUCAAUGAAAAGGAUCUCUUCAAGUGUCAAUGGAAACAAGUGCAAGCAUUGGCAAAUGAAUUCUGGUCUCGAUGGAGGGAUGAAUAUCUCCACACCCUUCAGCCAAGACGCAAAUGGCACACACCACGUCGUAACCUGCAGGUUGGAGAUAUAGUGCUGCGGAAGCAGAGCCAGACACAUCGCAACGAGUGGCCGAUGGGGCUUGUCGUCUCCACCUUCCCAAGCAGUGAUGGACAGGUCCGCAAAAUUGAAGUCAGGACGUCGCAAGACAAAAUAAAGACCUUCUUGAGGCCUAUCUCUGAUGUUGUCUUGGUCCUGGCAAAAGAAAAUCAAAGUUAAAGUACAGAUGCUUUAGUGGCAUUAGUGCCAGACGGGGAGUGUUCUGCCCCAAGUGUUUAAUAUGUUAAGAAGAUCGAUUUUAUUAGAAAAGAUCUGUUUGUGUUGUUAAUUUGGAGAGUUUUUUUGCUGAGCUUUUAUUUUGAAACUGUAGAAUACAGGAAGUAGGAAGCGCUGAGCUGUGCGAAAAACAACAAAAAAAAAGCAUGUCAACAGUUGAAAGAUGUAGCACGUUGAAAUCAGCUUAUUCCUAUGCAUGAAUACGUCAGAAAGCAAUGACUAACGCACUAAGGAAUAAAAAGGAGGAUUGAUGGAGAUGCGGGCAGAAUGGGUUGGAGAUGGUGAAAGAGACACAUCCCAUGUUCUCCUCGCUGUGUAAACCUGACAUUAAAUUGGUCAUUCAAGCUGAAUCCCAAGACGCCUGAGGAUUCCAACGGCUGUGUUGAAUACCAGAAAGACCGUGGCCACGGCAGACUUCUUCUGAGUCUAAAGACCCCUUCCAGGACUGUUGUGCAGUCCGUUGGCUGGGAUCCAAUGGUUGACGGGAGACAACAGGCUACGUGAAAAACAAGUCAUCCAUCUGAGAGGAGGAAGAAGCAGUAGGUCAAGCUGACCAUGACAAAAGCCAGCUGCAGGGAAGAACACCACUCCAAAUUGUGGGGCAAUGAGGGAAAAAUGCACCAUUUUCUCUCU